AUGAAGGUGUUGCUGGGUGCCGCGGUGAUUGCAGCGACCUUGUCGGCUGCUUCUGCUGCAGAAACUUGUGACCAGUGGGGCCAGACAAAGUCGGGCGACUACAUUAUCUACAACAACCUGUGGGGAUCCAGCGCGGCUACGGAAGGCGGGAAGCAGUGUACCGGUCUCGACAGCGCCUCGGGCAACACCAUCGCGUGGCACUCGACGUGGACGUGGAAUGGCGGAAACACGAGUGUCAAGUCUUUUGCUAACGCCGCGCUGACUUUUGAUGCCGCCCCUCUGACAGAGGUGACGUCUAUUCCGUCGUCGAUUGAGUUCGAGGUCAAGUACAGCGGCACAAUCAUGGCCAACUUUGUGUAUGACUUGUUUACCAGCUCGAAAUCCGAUGGCGAGAAGGAAUUCCAGGUCACGAUCUGGCUGGCUGCCAUCGGUGGUGUUGGCCCCAUUUCGACCACGGGCAAGCCGAUCGCUGAGGGGAUCGCGAUUGAAGGCACGAAGUGGGAUGUCUAUAGCGGACUGAAUGGAGAUAUGAUGGUGUACUCCUUCGUUCCGCCGACGCCGGUAGACGGCUUUGAUGGCGACCUCUUGGCGUUCUUUACGUACCUGAAAAAGAGUCAUAAAUUCGACAUGAGCCAGUACCUGAUCAAACUGGAGUGCGGUACGGGGCCGUUCUUUGGCACGGACGUGACCCUGAAGGUGUCGAAGUACUCGGCUGCUGUCAAGACGGGCAAAGGCGGCUCGAACUCACCUGUUCAGUCGAGCCCCGACGACUCGUCAGUGACGCAAGAGGACGAGAAGGCCAGUAAGGAAGUAGAAGGUGAAGCUAGAUCGAAUGUGGAUUUGACCGGUGAGCUAGAGGACACUCUAUCUCCGGAUGACGAGGCGACUGAGUCCGAAGAAGAGACAGCGGGCUCAGCGCUAUCCCCGACGGUUAAGACCCCUCCGGCGUCGAGCGAAGAUCCCUCGUUGUCCGACACCCCGAUCCUGAAAACCAAGUGCAUCCUCCGCCGCGACUAA